AGUUGCCCAUAAAUUGGGGUUUCAGAAAGUUUCCGAGGAUUUCAUUCCAGAAUGCAAAUCAAAAGCAGUGCUUUUCAGACACAACAAGACCGGAGCUGAAGUCGUGUCUGUUUCGCUCCCCAGUUUUUUUGGAAGCGAGAAAAUCAGCCCUCCUGUUCCGGGCAUGUUUCGUAUCAAAAAAGGCGCAUACCAUGGCCACAGAGGAGGAGAACUAUUCGAAUCUGUUGCGAGUAAAAGUGCAAGACUCAAACUUGCUCAGCGGAAGAGCAGUUCACGCUAAAUUCAUCAAAGGGUCUAUUCCUUUAACUCUUUUUCUUCAAAACCAUUUGCUUAUUAUGUAUGUUAAAAUUGGAGACCUUCCUUGUGGUCUCAAAUUGUUUGAAGAAAUGUCCGAGAGGAAUGUGGUGUCCUGGUCUGCUGUCAUGGCCGGUUGUAUCCAAAAUGCCUGUGCUUCGAAAGCUCUUUCUUUGUUCAGCCGUAUGCAUCAUGAGGGACUCAUAAAACCAAAUGAGUUCACAUUUGUUAGUGCUCUCCAGGCGUGCUCAUUAGUUGAGUAUGUUACUCAGGCUUACCAGAUUUAUUCAUUAAUUGUGCGGUCAGGAUUUGAGUCUAAUAUCUUCUUACUGAAUGCGUUUCUGACUGUCUUAGUGAGGCAUGGUAAAUUGGCGGAAGCCUUGCAUGUUUUUGAGACAAGUCCUGGCAAGGAUAUUGUGUCAUGGAAUACCAUGAUGGGUGGUUACUUGCAGUUUUCUUGUGAGAAGAUUCCUGGAUUUUGGUGUUGCAUGAAUCACAAGGGUAUAAAACCUGAUAACUUCACAUUUGCCAGCGCCCUCACUGGGAUGGCUGCUCUAUCUUAUCUUGAAAUGGGAAUGCAAGUUCAUGCACACCUUGUCAAGAGUGGUUAUGGGGAUGACAUUUGUGUAGGGAACUCUCUAGCUGAUAUGUACAUAAAAAAUCAUAAGUUGGUGGAGGCUUUCAGAGCUUUUGAUGAGAUGCCUAACAAAGAUGUCUGCUCUUGGUCCCAGAUGGCAGCCGGAUGUUUACAGUGUGGGGAACCAAGAAAAGCGCUUGCAGUCAUUGCACAAAUGAAGAAAGCGGGUGCAAAGCCAAAUAAAUUUACCUUGGCAACCGCCCUAAAUGCUUGUGCGAGUUUGGCAUCAAUACAGGAAGGGAAACAAGUUCAUGGCUUGAGGAUCAAACUUGGAAGUGACGUUGAUGUCUGUGUUGAUAAUGCUCUUCUUGAUAUGUAUGCAAAAUGUGGUUGCAUGGAUAGUGCAUGGGGUCUUUUUCGAUCUAUGGAUUCCCGUUCUGUCAUCUCCUGGACAACCAUGAUAAUGGCAUGUGCACAGAAUGGCCAAUCCAGAGAAGCUCUUCAAAUUUUUGAUGAAAUGAGGGAGACGAGUGUAGAACCAAAUUACAUCACCUUCAUUUGUGUUCUCUAUGCAUGUAGUCAAGGUGGGUUUGUUGAUGAGGGUUGGAAGUACCUUUCCUCUAUGACCAAACACUAUGGAAUUAUCCCUGGGGAAGAUCACUAUGCCUGUAUGGUGAAUAUCCUAGGCCGAGCUGGACUUAUUAAAGAAGCUGAGGAGUUAAUCCUAAGAAUGCCAUUUCAGCCAAGUACGCUAAUUUGGCAAACAUUGCUCAGUGCUUGUCAGGCUCAUGGGGAUGUGGAAACUGGGAAACGUGCAGCAGAACAUGGCAUACGACAAGACAAAGAAGACCCAUCAACCUAUUUAUUAUUGUCUAACAUGUUUGCUGAAUUGAGCAAUUGGGAUGGCGUGGUGAUUCUGAGAGAACUAAUGGAGACAAGGGAUGUAAAGAAAGUACCAGGAUCCAGUUGGAUUAAAAUCGAAAAGCUUUAAAUAUCAGGAAAAUGUGAAUUUAGGAGAAGUUUGUCAGAUGAUUCUCAAAGUAGUAUGUCCAUUGCACAAAAAAACUGAACUUCAUAGGGAUGUUUUCAAGGGUCUGCACUUGAACAUUUACCCUUAUCAAGGCAUAUGUGACAGAACGCCCAGACAAUCCAGUCCCUAUGUCACCUCUUCUUGAUCAUAUGGUAAUAGGAGGUGGUCAGGAUGCAUAAGCUGUAACUACUGAUCAUUAUUCUUCAAGAGGAAAUUGGGGGUGUGAAACGGCAUUUUGGACCAAUUAAUGCAUCAACCUUUAACCCGGAUGGAAAAAGUUUUUCAAGUGGAGGUGAAGAUGGUUUUGUACGGUUACACCGCUUAGAUCCUGAUUAUUUCAAUAUCAAAAUAUAGGGCUGGAGAAUUUGUGGUUAGCUUUUAAUUUCUUUCACUUAAUAUUUCUGUAAUACCGAUAUGUUGACAAAAGCUCUUCUAUGGGUAAUCGGCAAUGAUUUUAUGCCUGAAAUUACCCCUUUUUUUGUUUUUGUUUCGUUUAAUGACAUUACGAAUUUUGUUUGGAAUGGAAUUCUCCCAUUUUGAAGGAGGUCUCUCUAUCAUGUCACUUGAUCUGAUAUGAGAUUUGACUUUUGGCAUCCAUUUGGUUUAAAGCAUAUAUAUUGUGAGAAACUUUGUUACUUCGAUUUUAUUUUUAUUUUUUUAUUGUUUUCAAUUCUGUUCCUUUGUCUAGGAAGGAUAUUCGGUUUGAAUUUUGAAAAUUACAUUUCAACUUAUUUCCAAUGUGUAUCCUCUAUAUGUCUGUAACACUUGGCACUUCCACGAGAGUUAAUAACUUCUGAAUAAGUAUCCCGAUAGGCGCACCUAAAGUGAUUAGGAAACAAUAAAAUUGACUUUCAAGAUAGGUUGUUGGUUGGAAUGAAGCCUUCUAUGUUAAUAAAUACUUCAAAAGUCUUGUUCUCAUCUGUUACAUGUAACACCCUCAACAAUAGACCUGUCAAAAAGGGCAACAGCCCUAGGGCUAGCCCAUUCAGCCUUGUCAAAGCCCCAUUAAUUUUUCAGCCCUUUGUGUGGUAGGGCCACUACCACCGACCCCAAUUAAUUUGGGAUAAAGGUGUUGUUGAUGUUGAUGUUGAUGUUGAUGUUGAUGUUGUGUGGUAGGGCCAUCUUAGCCCUAACCCUAUAAGGCCUUUCAAUUUAUUGGGUUAGGUUAGGGCUGGCUCGUGGAUCAAAAGCAUUCAACUUAUUUUCCGUCACACUACAUAAUUUUCUCGGGAAAAUCAUUGUUUUCCUUUCUGUCAAACCCUAGUUUUGUUGUGUUCUAGUAGAUUCACCAUCACCCUUCCGUGAUACUCAGAUUCCAAUCACAAAGCCUCUCGCUCUUGCACCCACUCAGCUAUCUAAUAUACCCAUUUCACCCAAAUUCAACAAACCUUUUUCAACAAUUUGUGUCAGCGACGAGCUGAACACCAUCGCUUCUCAGAACCUCGACUUCGACCCUAGCAGAGAUGGGCUCGAGAAGCUUUUACUGAGUUGCAGCAGCACCUUGACCAUUACUAAUUCAAGAAUUGGAUUUGUGGUGCUAAAAUUGGAGUCGUGGUGCUGCCAAGCAAUGUAACAGGAGCCAACACUUGCUCUACCUCCCAGCAGGGCCAUUUCUCUUUAGUGGUUUAGUACAUUGCUCCUCCUCCAGCUCCUGCCCCUGUACCAAGUGCUCAAGGGGAGAACAAUGGUAACAAGAAGGUCUGGGUUAUUCUUGGGUCUGUCCUGGGAGGACUUGUGUUGUUGGUGUUGUUUUGGUUACUAGUUUUGUGGGUGCUCAAGUGCAAGCAAAACAAGAAACUACAACAGAUGGAAAGGGCUGCAAGGGGGGAGAACCUCUUCAUGUGGCAUCUGUUGGGGAUACAAAAGCACCUUCUGCAACAGUUACUCGAACACAACCUAUCCUUGAACAAGAAUAUGCACCGACACCCUAUUUUUGCAUGUUCCACUCAUAUUCAACUCAAUUCCUGUAUUCAGAAAUUCUUGCCAACACCUUUUUGCUUCUCCCCGUUUGUUUGCUUAGGCUCUUGGUUAAUUUAUACCGGUGGUAAUACAAGAUUCUUGUGUAAAUCUGUUUAUCUCCAUGAUUCAUUGUGGUGUGAAUGUAGCAGCCCAAAGUGAUUGUAUAUGUGAUGGAUUCAGUUGUUCAAAUUGACAAGGAAUAAAAAAA